CAGAGCGUGGGAGAAACGGGGCGCAGGUGGCUUCACCUCCGCCUGGGGUUCCCCCGCCUCUGUCUCUGUCCCUCCUUCCUCCUCCUCGGAGGGCGGGCGGAUUCCCAAACCCUCGCCCCGGAAAACAAAGGCAUCUAUCCCUAUCCUCCUCCCGAGCCAAACUGACGACAGCGGAAGCUUUGCGCUCCAGCUGCUGCGCUUCCGACGAGAGAGAGAAAGGAGAGGAGCGCCCAAGGCAGGAGGAGGAGAGGCGCCUCUCUCGACUGUGGGCGUCCAGGGAAGAGGAGGAGGAGGAGGAGGAAGAUCUUCGGCCGAAGGAGCACAAGGGCUGCGCUUGCUGCCUCUCCUGCUCCUGCUGCUGCCUUGAGCGCGGAGGCAGGUGCUGAAACGGAGAGGUUCAGGCGCAACCAUGUCGGCGCCCUGCUGCGCGGGCCAGUUGGCCUGUUGUUGUGGCACUGCUGCCUGUUCGCUCUGCUGCCAGUGUUGCCCAAAGAUAAAGCAAUCAACCAGCACUCGCUUUAUGUAUGCCCUGUACUUCAUCUUGGUGACUCUCAUCUGUUGUGUCAUGAUGUCAGAGACAGUAGCAAAAGAAAUGAAAGAACAUAUUCAUUUCUUUGAAACAAUAUGCCAGCACAUUCAAGCAGGUGACUCCUGUGAGAAGCUGGUGGGCUACUCUGCAGUGUAUCGCGUGUGUUUUGGGAUGGCCUGCUUCUUUUUCAUCUUCUUCCUGCUCACAAUCAAGAUUCAAAGUAGCAAAAGUUGCCGUGCGUAUAUUCACAAUGGAUUUUGGUUUAUUAAACUUCUAAUCUUGGCAGCCAUGUGCUCAGGAGCCUUUUUCAUUCCAGAUCAGGAUACAUUUCUUAAAGCAUGGCGUUAUGUAGGUGCUGUGGGAGGGUUCCUCUUCAUUCUCAUCCAACUUAUGCUGCUUAUAGAAUUUGCACACAAAUGGAAUAAAAAUUGGACAUCUGGUACAAGGCAAAAUAAACUCUGGUACGGCUCCUUAGCUUUUGUGACGCUCACGUUGUAUUCCAUAGCUGUUGGAGCUCUGAUUGUGAUGGCUAUCUUUUACACGCGUGCUGAUGGCUGUACAUUUAACAAGAUCCUGCUUGGCGUCAAUGGUGGCUUGUGCUUGCUUGUUUCAAUGGUAGCCAUCUCACCCUGUGUCCAGGACCGUCAGCCACAUUCUGGCUUACUGCAGUCGGGCAUCAUCAGCUGUUAUGUCAUGUAUCUUACCUUCUCAUCACUUUCAAGCAAACCUCCAGAAACUAUCCUAGAUGAGAAUCAGAACAACAUCACAAUCUGUGUACCGGAAUUCAACCAUGGACUGCAAACAGAUGAAAACUUGGUGACUGGGCUGGGAACUACCAUCCUUUUCCUGUGUAUUUUAUAUUCUUGCUUGACCUCAACGACACGCUCAAGCUCUGAAGCACUGCGGGGUAUAUAUGCAACACCCGAAACUGAAAUAGCUCGCUGCUGCUUUUGCUGUGCUCCAGAUGAAGAUGCUGAAGCUGAAGAGCCUGCUAUCAGAAAGGGAGGCCAGAAAGUGGUUUACGACGAAAAGAAGAGCACUGUCUACAGCUACUCAUUUUUCCACUUUGUGUUCUUCCUAGCUUCUCUUUAUGUGAUGAUGACUGUUACCCACUGGUUCCAUUAUGAAAGUGCUGCAAUCGAAAAAUUCUUCGCUGGAACCUGGUCCAUAUUCUGGAUUAAAGUGGCUUCCUGUUGGGUGUGUGUCCUUCUCUACCUGUGGACUCUUCUAGCUCCUUUCUGCUGCCCAACCAAAGAAUACUCCGUGUGAACCUCCUUCUCUUACAAGUCCAGCAGUUUAGGGAAUGGAGAAAACAAGUGUAGUAACCACCCUAACAUUGAUGGUUAGGCUGUUGCUUCCUCUUUUAUAUGAAAUGUGUAUGUUUAUAUGUUUUGGGAUUAUUUUAUAAACCUUUAUUUGUAUUACCUGAUUUAAGAGAUCCUAAAGUAAAAAGAGUCACCUCAGUAUGGAACUCAAUUAUUUGAAUACUGUUAAAUAUCCCAUAAUAGUUAAAAUAUUUUUAAAAUUACGGACAACUAUUUUGUGUUCUUCCUGUGAGAGAAUCUAUUCUAUUUUCUUCAUUUGGCUCUUGCUGAUGCUAUAAUUUAAUAGUCCUCGUUGGCAUUGAUAUCUUGCUUUUCCAGAUUUUCCUGACAAACCAAACACUUGUGUAGAAUUAUAAAAUGAAUCUUAAAACUGGAAGGAAAACAACAUCAUAGGUAGGCAUAGCGUCAGUUCAAGGGUAUUUUUUCUGUAUUAGAUGCUCAUAGUAAAUUAUUGCAGAUGGAUUAUGGAAGAAAAGUUUAUGGUGUAGAGCUAUUUAUUUAUGGUAAUAAUGAAAGGCACCUUUAUGUAUCAAUGGGUGACAUGAUGUGGAACCUGAAAAUAUGACUGGGAAGUAAAACACUGUAAAGAUUGGUGCAAUUAAUGAAGAGCUAUUAUGAGCGUCUCUGGGACUAAAAUGUAUUUAGUAGAACUGAUAAUCAACAAAGCAUGAAUUCUGCCCGGAAAACUCACAGCAACUCAAUUCUUCCUAUAUUAGUAAGUCUGUCUUAGUAAAUUUGAGAAGCUUCUUUUUUGGAAGGGUUGUUAAAUAAGUCUGGGACCUACUUGAAAUUGUGAUCUAACAAAUUACCUAAAAGCAGGGUCCAACUAUGGCUACUGGAAGACUACAUUGCAGUACCAUCAGGAGGAAGUCAAUGCCUUUUUGAAACCAGCUGUCUGGGAAAAUCCUCUGGAAUUGGUUUUCCAGAAACGUAAGAGUGGAUGGGACAGGUUUCUCUACCACAAUGUUGGAUCUAUCAUUAAUAAAAGAAGUGAAUAUUUAUAUUGCAAAGUAACCUUACUGUUAAAAGAAUAUUUUGGAAUAUUCAUCUUUUUUCCUGGUUCGGGGUUGGUCGUUGAGUCAUUUGGCCCAUCACUUCUUAGAUUCCAGAUUUUGUGCAUGAGCAUGUUGUGGGAUAAUUCUUUUAAAGUGCAAUUGUAGAUAGAUUAUAUGAAAAAACCCCUGUAAUUUUAAUGCCUAGGUGGCGGGAAUUUCAACUUUGCCAUUCUUACUCCCAGUUAGAUCUUGCCUCUCCUGUGCCUACUAAAGUCAUCAUAAGAACUCAAUCAUCAUAAGAACUAAAGCAGAACUUUGGAAAGGUUUAACCUCUAGAGUCAUAAUCCAGAUAGAAUGAGUAAUUUCUUUUUACAAAACCUUUGAUUAAAACUAAUGUUUGAAAAACAGCCUUCUAUAUUUGAAUAUAGAAUAGAAUACACAUAAAUAUUGAAGUCAUGGUAAGGCUGCAGUUCUAGGCAUACUCACCUGAAAGUAAGGCCCUUACUCAAUGCUUUCGAGACAGGACUGAAUUGUAGACAAUGUUAAUUGUUGAUUUGGAGGAAAGCAUGCUUCGGAUAUUAGCAUUCAGCUUAUUAGCUAGGUCAGUGCUCUCAUUUUGGUGCAAUAUUUACUGCAUGGCAUUCUUUCAGCUCAGAAGAAGUGGCUGGCAAUCAUUCAGCGUAAAUGUUCUACUGAGAGCAAAGUUAGCUGUGGUGUCUAGAGUCCCAUUUUUCAUUAAAAGUAGUGUGAUAGUUUAAAGGUGUGUUACUAGGAGUGGUGUUCCCUACCUAUAUGAUGGUGCUCUCAUGCCUGGGUUGUUAUGUAUUGUGCUAAUCACAGCAGGAGCUUUCAUUUAGUCUUUCCUGCUAAUUAGAAAGGGCAGCCAUCUGUUGGUGUGAGCAGAAGUCCAGCAUCAAAUAAAGGAAGAAUGUUUUUGUGUUCUCCUCUAACAAUGCUAGAACUGACAGAUAAUAUUCUCUUUGCUGCUUUAUCUUACUCUGUUUAUUUAUUUACUUAAUAUAUAUUUUCCCCCUCCACAAUGAUUUCGACAGUUUGAUGGAGUUGUACUUAUUAAUGCUAAUAGACUAAAAGGAGUAGUGCUACCUUAAGCAGCUUAGUAUAAGAAACUGAACAAUUUGAGUUAAUCAGGGUGUUAGGCAGAAACCCGGGUCUGUGUUGCUUUUUUACAACAGAGCUCGUGACACUUGGUUAAAAUGUUAUGUUUCAUUAAUUUGUUUAAGUGGAAAAAAAACAUGUGAACACUCCUGAAAAUCUAUUGGAAAACUACACUUCAUUUUUUCUUCACGUUGGCUUGGAAUUUGAAUACCUCUAACCGCAUAUUUAUCAAUAUAUGCUGCACCAUGCAAGCCUUUUCUGUUUCAUGCUGCCUAAAUUAACUUUUGGGUGUUGGACUACUAGGUUCCUAUGAAAUUCUAGCUCUCCUUAGUUCCUUAAUAUUAAAUGUUCUUGAAAACUUUAAUCUCUGAAACACUUGGAAGUAUAUACUCCUCAGAAGAACUUGAAGGCUUUUUGAAUAGGGCAGUGUCUUGCCUUUUUGAGUGUGCUUACAAAGAAAGCCGGCAUAAGCUCAGGAAGGGGAGUGGUGCUACUGUUUAAAAGUGACCUUUAUCAUUUCUAGUUCUUGCUAGAAUUGUUCCCUGGAGACUUCUCUUGCCUUUGUAUUCUGCUGUUUUUGGAGAGAAAGAAGUAAUUUUUUUUUUCAUGUCGGGAGCGACUUGAGAAAACUGCAAGUCGUUUCUGGUGUGAUAGAAUUGGCUGUCUGCAAAGACGUUGCCUAGGAGAUGCCCAGAUGUUUUACCAUCCUGUGGGAGGCUUAUUUCAUGUCCCUGCAGGAGAAGCUGGAGCUGACAGACGGGAUCUCACUCUGCUCCCUGGAUCCAAACCACCAAUCUUUCGGUGGUGCAAUGGGUUUAACCCAUUACACCACCGGGGGCACAAUGAAUCCUCGAUUGCAGUGGAUUGUAACUGGAAAUGUCGGAGAGAGAGAGAGAGAUCAAAUGCUGGUGCUGAGUUAUGACCCUGCCAAAGGGAAUCCCAGGGAAUCUUUUAAAGUGUUUCUUAAACUACUGAUCCCUUUCCUUUCUUAGUAAUAUAUGUUAGAUUUUUUAAAAUCUAAACAUCAGAAUUCUUAAAUAUAAAUGCCUUCUGCAUAUAGUGUGCAUAGAUAUUUUUAUUGUGUGAUAAGGAAGGAUCAGUAUGUUCACUUAUUCAUGUAGCCACAUGGCUUUUAAAAGUUGUAAAUUCCACUGUCUUUACUGACAGAUGUGGCUCAUAAUGUGGUACACUCUCUCCUACAUCUGGCUAGUUAAGUACACUGUCAAACACCUGGACAUUUAUAAUAGUCUCAUAACUGCUUUUCCUGCCCCCUAAAGUCAGCUGAAGUGUGUGUUAACGGCUGUCGUUCAUAAAUCAUUUAAAGAAGACAUGCCAAACUUGUGCAUUGUUAUGUUUUAGACCUUUACAGCAUUAGAAUGCCUACUUUAGAACAAUUGUUUAGCUGAGGAUUUGGAGUGUAGCAACAUAAGUGCUGCCUCUUUUGCCAAAGAAUUCUCUAACAAAGCAAGAACAUCAUGGAAAUAUAUGAGAUAUCUGUGUACGAUCGCAAUUAAACCUUAUUUUUAUUCUACUCCACAUAAUGUAAACUACAAAACGUUUCUUGGCAAUGUCUGAGACAAUAAUGUAAACAAAGUGUGGAGCCCAGCUUUUUGGGAUGUUCCCCUGCUCAUACUCUAUUGAAUUGAUUGUCAAUUGUCCAAGAGCCCAGAGCUCAUUCCAUUCCCAUUCAUUUCAGUUGGGUUCCCAUCAAUCCUUCUGAUAGAUGUGCAGCCAUGGUCUCCCAAAAAGCAGCCCUUUUCUCUCUUCAGAUACUGUAUCAAUCUUUAAUACUUUAAUAGUAUGAAUAAUACUUCCUUUUCUAUUUUAUUUACAGUGUUUUUCACAUCAGUUUUAGAACAUUAAUACACAAUAGAAUGGUCUACAUAAAUGUUUUUUUAACGUUUGUUCGUUUUUUUAAAAAAGACAAAACUUUUGAUACACAAUGUGGUAUUUUAUAAGCUUAUGGGUGGAUUUUUUUCUGAAUUGUAGCUGAAACAGGUUUCAGUUUUAAGUCUUACAGCUAGUAGUGAAUUUAAAGCUCUAUAUGUAUUGUGCGUAUGUGUGUUUUCAGUUGAGAUUUUGAGAGAAAUCUGCAUUAACAAGCAGUGUAUGUUUUUAAAGCAUUCUUUUCUAGGAGUAAUUGCAUAUUGAGAAAGUAUUAUAGAUGUCAUUGUUUAACCAACCAAUAAAUUCCUGUUUGUUUGAAACUUCA